CCGCACGGUACGCUACUUGGUGAUAAUAUAUGGUGAAUUAUUGAUCCGACGGCGUGGUGGAAAAGCGUCGGCCCGCUGCCGUCAGGCGGCUGAAGUGAGACACCAAUAGCCAAGGUAUAAACCCUCCUGUGUAACCAACACAGAUAAAAACGAGAGAGGGGGUGAACUGUACGUACAGCUGAAUGCCGCUAGGGUGGGGAGAGAGGGAGACAGUUGUGCACGAGUGGUGGGCAAGAGCGGGUGUAUGUGGAGUUUAAACGCACGAAAACUACUACUUGGCUAACAGAGAAAGGGCAUAUAAAAUCUCGAGUGGUUGCUGCUGCGGAGGUGGGAGAGUAGAAAAGGUGAAACAAAAGAGGAGAGGAGAUAGAGAGAAAAAAAAAGGGAGAGGUGAAGCAAAAGUUGGGAAUAAGGAUAGAUUUGAUCUUUGAGGGAGAGAGAAUAACGUCAAGCUCAAACGUACACCGACAACGGUGUGAGCUGGCAUCAAAACCUGGUGUUUGUUACGAAAACUCGUGUGUUCGCGGCCCCGGGGUUGUACGUCCCGCGUCCGACGGCUGACAGUGUGAUUUUUUUUUUCCCCACGACAAUUUUUCGGUGAUUUGAGGUUAUCUGGCAUUUGCCUUUGUUAAAGUUUUGUUUCUUCUUUUGUUUUUUUUUUUUCUUGAGGAGCUACGCGUUUUUGUUUGGUGUAAGCAAGCUGUGCUGGUGUGUUUAUUUUGAUAGUUAAUACGUGAACUUGAGUGAGUCGGUUUGUGAUGAUUGUAUUUCCACGGGGAUUUUUAACGGGCUAGCGCUCAUGAACGUCCAGGUAAACACCUGCGGACACCGCGGGGACUGUUAUCGCGAGUGAAUAAACCGAGAUUUUGGUUUGAAUAAAAAUUUGUGUAUUUGAGGUGAAUUUUUGACGUGCUGUGCCAAGACAAAACGGUGGGUUCUUUUGUUUCAUUGUUGUUUUGUGGAGAAGGGGGGGGAGAGAGAACUGGAGCUUUCUGGCUCCUUUUUCCUCGACAUUCGAAGAUACUGAGGCCUGUGGAACGCGCGCGCUUUUGCCCCCUCGAGUUACCGUUUUAAACGUGCCAUCCAACCAGACGCGGAGAAAAGCCCAACUUACUUGCGACUUGGAUGGAUACAGUGCAUUAUUUUUGGAGUAAGUCACAGUGCCGACUCGACCAAUAGGUCAUCCAUCCAAAUAAAUUAAUAAAGAAGCUACUUCCAUGCAUUCCAUGAUAAUCGCACCAGGUACAUCCACGUCGCCGUCAUCCUGACCUGCACGAGGAAUCCUCAUGAAAGACUGGGAACUCAGUACUCAAAAUAGCAUCGGCAGUGCGGUGGCUGCAGCCGACACCAUUUCCUCGCCGUGGACACCCGCGAGUUCCGGGCCGCAGCCCGACGCCAACGGCUCCGGCUCGGAUACAAAGAAUCUCGACGUUGGCGAAAUCAGCGAUGACGAGAAGGACCUCUCCGCGGCAGAUGCGGAAGGCGUCUGGUCCCCGGAUAUCGAGCAGAGCUUCCAGGAGGCCCUCACCAUUUAUCCACCAUGCGGCCGGCGCAAAAUUAUUCUCUCCGACGAGGGAAAAAUGUAUGGUCGAAACGAGCUGAUUGCCCGGUACAUUAAACUCCGUACUGGCAAGACGAGGACGCGAAAGCAGGUCUCUUCGCACAUCCAAGUACUUGCGAGAAGAAAAUUGCGGGAAAUUCAAGCAAAACUCAAAGUGAACUUUUGGCAGCCAGGACUGCAACCAGGUACCUCCCAGGAUGUCAAGCCCUUCCCACAGUCGACGUACACCGGUAAACCAGCGACAGCGGUUUCGAGUGGUGAUAUGGUCCAGGCACAACCGCCACCGCCUUGGGAAGGUCGUGCCAUUGCCACUCAUAAACUCAGGCUUGUCGAAUUUUCCGCCUACAUGGAGCAACACCGAGACCAAGAUAUCAAAUUAUUUUCUCCGGAAUUUCAGUACCACAAGCACCUGUUCGUCCAUAUAGGUGGCUCAGCGACUUAUGCAGAUCCACUGUUAGAGGCGGUGGAUGUUAGGCAGAUCUAUGACAAAUUCCCGGAGAAGAAGGGCGGCCUGAAGGAACUUUAUGACAAGGGACCACAGGCUGCUUUCUUCCUUGUUAAAUUUUGGGCAGAUCUCAAUACCAACAUUCAGGAUGAAGCUGGAGCUUUCUACGGCGUCACGAGCCAAUACGAGAGCAAUGAGAACAUGACGAUAACGUGUUCGACGAAAGUAUGCUCGUUUGGUAAACAAGUGGUGGAGAAGGUGGAGACUGAAUACGCGAGGUUCGAGAAUGGAAGGUUCGUGUAUCGCAUCAGUCGUUCGCCAAUGUGCGAGUACAUGAUUAACUUCAUUCACAAGUUGAAACAUCUACCAGAGAAAUAUAUGAUGAACAGUGUACUCGAGAACUUCACGAUUCUCCAGGUUGUUACAAACAGAGAUACACAUGAGACGUUACUCUGUACAGCAUAUGUUUUUGAAGUAUCAACGUCCGAGCACGGUGCUCAGCAUCAUAUAUACAGACUUGUCAAAGACUAAGUCUAUCAUUCUUCUAUUUCUUAAAUUAUCUGCUCGCCAUGCAGCCAUCCACCCCCAUCAGUGCCUACCACCACAUGAUUACAACAAGAAAUCAAUAACAAAAAUUAAUGAAUCAUCCAUUAUCGAAUCACGCGCAUGGUGUGUGUUAAUCGCACACUAUUACACUUACGCAACACAAAGAGAGACAGGAGGAAAAAUAGAAAAAUUGAAUUUGAAAUAAUGAAACUGCAGGUAUACACCAGUGACAGUUAUACAACUGCGCAACAUCGGUGAAUACGUUGGUAUGUAAAUACAGAUCACGUAUUUUGUUUGCGCAAAUUUAUAUUCAUUUUCAUUUUAGCUUCUGAAAUUUUUAGGUUUUACGAUGUGUGGAUCUUUACUUAUGAAUUCGUUUAUAAGUUGUGAUCUCAGAUGAUCCACUGUCGUAUUGUUGAGUUAUUCUGAGGUUUGACGAUUUAUUUUAGCGAACGAUAAUCAGAGAAUUAUCAAAAUUACUGUUAUAAGAUACUGACCGGUUCCACUUAGUUUUUUUUAUUCUAAUAGUCUUGAGAUUUUAUUUAACUUAUUUCGGUUUAUCUUGUGGCCAGACGACAAUAAAUUCAUAUAGUAUUUUUAUUUAUUGGAAAACAUAAAAGGAUUGGGCUUUUCAAUUUUUUUAAUUUUCGCUGUCGUAGGAAAAAUUGACAAUAAAAAUGACUAAAUAUUCUGAGAUAUUUAUUUUGAGGAUUGGUUCAGUAUCCGAAUAACUUAGUAUUAUGGUCGACGCGGAAUUGAUGAAUAUUGCAAUUUUAAGUGCAAACACCGACACAAACACCGAAAACACAAACAGAAGAAAAUUUAAAAACUCGCAUUACACAGAUUAGACAUAUAUUACGAAUAAGAGUAUAUAUGUUAAAUAAUAACGCAAUGAUUACGAUUUACAUUGUUAUAAAUGAUCGUGUAUAAAGGUAUCUAAGUGAUUUUAAGUUUUAACUGAGAGAUGAAAGUGGAAAAAAAGGUUUUUAAAAAAAAUAAGGAUGCCAUUACGAAUUCAAGAGUCCUCCUGAUUUUUUAAUUAUUUUUUUAAUUAGAAACAAAUGAGAAUGUGAAAUCGGAGAGGAAGAAAAUUAGCUGCACGUAUUAGUUUCCAAAUUCAAUGAAAAUUACGAAGCAAAUCAAACUCAUACUGAAAUUCGUCUCGCCCCAAUCGCAGCAACUUAAAUCUAAGUUCGUUUAUUACAAUGCUUGAACCAUUACUUUUUUUACUUUUUGUUCAACAAAAAUAGCGAAUUCUUAAUUGCACCAAUUUUUUGUGCGAUCCCACCCAAUUCUAGGCAGCGACCAUGUAGGCUAUAGGGAUGUGUUUGUAUUCCUUAUAAUCACUAUAAUUUUUUUACUGUAAGAAUUUAUCUUCCUCAUCCCCCUCUCCCCGAGAAACUUUCCUCUGGAUUUUAUUUUCUAUGAAGCUACUGCGUCUGAACUUUUUUUCUUACUUAGUGUAUUGUUUUUUUUUCGUUUUUAACUUUCUACUACAUUUAUAAUGUGAUGCUAGCAUGAAGUUUUCAUGCUGCACUUUAGCAGAAAAGUGACCCCGGAAGUGUAUUUUAUUUGCCUCGUCGAAUGAAUGAAAAAUUCAUGUUUCGUUGUAUUUUCUGAGGGAGAAAAUUCAAAGAGAAAUCGUUUUUUUUUAACAUCGAACGGAAUCUGUUUUGAUAUUGCGACAAAUUACUGCAGAUCGACUUGAAUUUGGUUGAAUCGAAAUGAGAUGGAACAUGAACUUGCCUCUUUGUCGAGUCUCGUACUUAAAGUAGCCCUCGAUGUCUCACUCGGUUGAAAAAAUAUUGCGGAGGGAUCAUGAAUACAAAGUAGAUUCAUAUUAAUUUCAAAUUUAAUUUGGAUGACAAUACAUUUGCGGACCAUACCCUCCGGUUUCGAUGAAUCAUUUCACUGCAUUCUCUACUCCCAUUACUAAAUUUUUUGGUUUACUAUUUUUCGUUUUUCUUCUGUUCAUAUUGCUCUCCGAUAAAACAAACUUGCCCACUGCGCAGUAAACAACUAACAUAAACUGAAGAUUAAAAAAGCAAGAAAAUAAAAAUACAUAUACUUUUAGGAAUACAUUAAGAUUAAUUACCGUAUUGUUACUGUAAACUAACUUUUAUGAAACAAGUGGCAAUGUAUUUUGAUCUCUCUUUAGUCAGAAAAUAUAUCCUUUUUUAUUCAGGGCCCGACAACGAUAGAAUGAACUAUUACAAUUAUUUGUUUUCAAUGUUUUUUUUUUCCACUUGCUCGAAUAAGAAAGGACAAUUUUAUUUGAUCGGUAAUUAAUUGAAUUACGAUUGAAAAAUUAUAAAUUGGCAGCUUUUGUACUUCUUAGUUAUUGUUACAUUUUUCGUAUCAAUUGAGUGCAGCUAUUUUUUAGAGAUGAAAAAAAAAUUAAGCAAUUAUUUCAGUUCAAAUUACAAUCGUGGAAAUGUCACUGGAGUUCAAAAAAUUUCGUCUAUAUCAAAUAUAUUGAAAAGAUUGCGAGUUCUCACUGGUAUUUGACGAUUGUAAAAAUUAGGAUAAAAAUGUUUAUAAAAAUUUCUUUCAUUCUUAUUGGAAGAUAAUCGAUGGAAGGAGUACAUGAAAAAAGUGAAUGAGCACCGACACGAAUAUUAUUAACAGUAAUGAGUAAUGAUUUUUAAAAAUAAGUGAAUUACAUUUAUAAGAAAAAAAAAAGUUUAUGAAAAUAUAUAUUUAUCUAUGUCUUCUGUGAAGAUAGAAAAUAGUACUCUUUCACUCUAUAUUGAUGAUAUCGAAAUUGAAUUUAAAAACUGGACAGAGAUGCAAAUAAAAGUGUAAUUUAGAAUCGAAAAAAAACAAAUAUUUAGAAUCACAAUCUCGAAUUGUAUACAUGAGACGAUCUGAUGGUGCAGUCAAACUAUAAAAAAUGCAAAUGAAACUAUGUAAAUAAUUACGAUAACGACCAUAAGACAUUGUUCAAGUUCCAGCGGCCAUUCGAUAAAUAAUCCAUCUUUUUUUUACUAUAAGCAUAACUUUGGUUAUUUCGUCAAAAAAUAUGGAGAAAAAUAACAGAUCGUGUUUCCUUUUUUUCAAGAAUCAUCUGACGAUUCGAUAGUAAACUACUUGCGUUAAUUUUUUUUCUAGACUUACCUGAGUGUAUUUUUUAUUAUAUAUUUUGUGAGAGUGUAUUGCAAUUUCAAGAAACGAAAGUGUAGAAAUACUUUCCAGAAUAAUUACCUGGAAUUAUUUUAAAAAUUGGUUGAAACAGAAUCCUUAAAAUUUCGCCAAGUUUUUAUUUCAUUCGUAUUUUUCCCCAUAUCCUGGAACUGCCAUAUCAAAGAAUUGAGCUUGAUCAUAAAGUUUUAAUGAAAAAGCAAAAAUAAAAAAGAAGGAACUUAAAUUCAGACAAAAUACUAUACGGAAAUAUGAAAAAAAUGAAAAUUACCUGUAUAUUGUAUCAUCAUAAAUGAAACGAAGCGAGGAUCAAAGUAGUUGAUUUAACUAGUAAAUGGAGAUAAGUGAGAUGACGAAGAGGUAAAGGAAUGGAGCAAAAUGAUAUAUCAUUAAUUUAGAGGUUUAAAAGUAUAUAAUAGAAUUCAGUAUAUGUACAGUAUUUGUAAAACAUGUUUAUAAUUUGUAUGGACAAAUAAAGAAUUGAUAUAAAAUCAUA